CUCGCAGCCUCUUUGAGCGACAUCUACAGCCGAUGGCAGACUCUGCGCUUGCUCAGCCUUCAUCGCCCGUAGAGGUCGGUCAGAACAAAUCCAGGAGGCAAAGAAGGAAAGAGUUCUUUGCAAAGAGGCAGCGCGAUAAACAGACCCAGCAGAGCCAAGCAUCACACAAUCCAUCUCCAGCGCAGCAGCAUCAUGCGGCGACGAGGAGGUCACAGAAGGCUCAAAGACGGGUCAACCAGAAACGUGAAAGCGCCUCGAUUCAAGACCAUACUGAGCUGAACGAGGAACCGGGCCAAAGUCAGCGCGUGGAAGGAUCAAAGUCUUCCUCGAAACAGCCCCAGUCCACGCGGAAGAAUGCCAACCAGGUUCAACCCGAGCCAAUGCAAGGACAGACCGCGCCGACCCAGCAUGAUGGUAAGUCCACUAGCACCGGCAAGAAGAAUAGGAACAGGAGGAGGGGAGCUAUGAAGAAUCAGAGCCAAAACCAGCAGAGCCAGAGCCAGCCGAACACAAAUCAGCAGAGUCAAGGCCGUCGGAGCCAAAAUCAGACGAUGCUAUCUGGUUCUUCUAUCGCGGGACGAGGGCGUAACGGGCAAGCUAGACCCCAGCAUACGGUCCCCAGUCGUACACCGCACGAAGCUACCGACUGCGCUCACGAAGACCCUGAAUCGUCAGAAUCAGCAAGCGAUGAUUAUGACAACUCCUACUCCGACGGAUACUACAGCCGCACGAGGAGGGCAGGAACCUCGCUGGUGAACCGGAUGGGCUACGACGAAACCGACAUGAUGCUUUUGGGACUCAAUCCGUGGGAUCCGGAUGAUGUUCUUGACUUUCCGGGCGUUUCAGAUGCAUUGGAUAGGGAAUUGGGCUAUUACUGAAGCCGGGAUGAUCGAUGAUGUACGAUAUAGGGCUGAAGAUGAACGAGUCACAAUAUGAACAAAUCAUUGCGUUUGAUAGAAUGGGAUACUCGGCGUCGGAGAAUUAGUGAAAGGGUACAGUUCUAGCGAUCGCAAGAGGAGUUGCAUGGUUACGUGGGUAGGAGGUUGUAUUAAUGCGUGCAUAGUCGGUUUUAUGGAAAAUCUAUAUCGUCAUCUGCCGAUCGGACCGAAAACCUGAGAGAGGAGAUGAUAGUCUCUUCCGGAUCUCCGAGUACCGUUGACUUCUCUUGUAAACGGAGAUUGAGUAUCAUGCGAGGUCCACAUAUGCUUAUGACGGAAAUGACCAGGACGUCUGACAUGCACAUGUAGAGCAGCCCGGGGUCAUUCAUGUCAUCUUUCCUAUCCCAUACGUCAAAUGACACGAUCUCUAG